UGACCCCCCUGGUCCCGUGGAGGGGGUCUGGGCCUGCCCUUCACAAAUGCCUCUCAAGGACAGUUCAGAUAAAGGGCCCCGCACAGAAACAGUGACUUCCCCUUGCCUUUUGCACAUGCACCUGGAAAAGACACAGAAGCCAACCUGAGAACUCCUGGUGCUAUUUUCAACGAGAUGUAGAGCUGAACAGCAGUGAGAAAAGUCUGCAGGAGCUGCCGCCUGAGCCACGCCGGAGAACCGAAGGCCCCACCGGCCCUGGCCUCGAAGGCGUGUGCCCAUGCGGCCGCCCAAAUGCGCACGUGACAGCAAGGCCAGACGGGUGUGGGGUGCACAGGUAGCCGCAACCCUCUCAGGCACUGCAGCCACAGAACAUCAGAGCCAGUGAGUGCCAUGCAGGCCGUGGCCUCAGAGAACCUGACUGUGCUGGGUGGAAAAACAGGACACCGGAGCCCACCAGACAGCGCCGAUGAGCAGAGAAGCUCAGAGAGCCGGUGUCACACGACGGCAGGAAGGGUGACAACCUCGGUCGGAAACCAAGACGGAACUCAGGCCCACCACGUCACCCCAGAGGCUUUUCCAGCACUCCUGAUGUUCCGUACUGGCCUCAAAACUAACUUUGGAGAAGCCAGGGGCGAGGAGGCAGGAAACACCUCCAGCUGGAGGCACCCAGGCGUGCCAGCCACAGAGCACCCUGAAGUCACUGUCAUCCCAGUCCCUGGCAUUCCCACUGCCCUCCGGGGCUACCGCACUGCUUCAGCUGGGGGCACAGGGGCACGGCAGAGGCGUGGGAAGCGGCCUCCCCACCGGCACUGGGAUUGGCUGGUCCAAGCCCAGAACUGGAUUCACUCCACAACGCACACAUACCUGGGGCUGUUUUGAAUACAGAGCAGCAGAGUGGGUUAUUUAUUUAAAAUGUGUAUUGUGCUAUAUGACGUUUCAGAAACAUAAAUGGCAUUCUGUUAUUUAUUAAGACAACCUCCAAUUGUUCUCUGGCUGUUUUUUUUUCAGUUGUGUCUAGCAAAAUACUUAUCUGCCCUUUGAAAUAAAAAGUUUAAAAAAAAAAACUCAGAA